AUGGAGAUAGAAGAGAUAGAACCAUUUGUUAUGAUUGAUCCUAACAUUAAAAACAUUAUAACGAGGCCAGGAUCCAGCUCUCAAACAGCAACCACAACUACACUUGAAAAUUAUAAACCGCAGUCUUUCAAACAGAGUCGAACAGGCUUCGUGCACGAUGAAAGGCUACGGUUUCACGCCAAUUUGAUCCAAUCAGACUUCCACCCGGAGGAUCCAAGAAGGAUAACGGGUAUAGCAAAGGUCCUUGAACAAAACAAAUGCACAGAACAACUUGUGAAGAUAUCGGCAAGAGUAGCAACAAAAGAAGAGGUAUGUCUGGUGCACUCCGACAAGCACUGGUGCGAAGUGGAAAAAACUGCAGUAAUGAAAUUUGAUCAAAUAGUUGAAACUGCGGAUAAAUAUGAUUCUAUUUAUUUAAAUAACGAUUCGGCUUUCUGUGCACGUCUUGCAUGUGGUGGGGUAAUUGAGCUUUGUAAAGCUGUGAUGCAAGGAACAGUGACAAAUGGCUUUGCAAAUGUCCGACCUCCAGGACAUCAUGCUGAACCCGAGGAGGCAAUGGGAUUCUGUCUCUUUAAUAAUGUCGCUGUCGCAGCCCAAUGUCUGAGGAAACAUUGUAAAGUUGAUAAAAUACUGAUUCUCGAUUGGGAUAUUCAUCACGGAAACGGAACACAAAAAGCAUUUUAUGAUGACCCAAAUAUCAUUUACUGCUCAAUACAUCGUUACGAAAAUGGAGAUUUCUAUCCAGGUUCUGAACAAGCAAACUACACCCAUACUGGAUCGGGAGUGGCGAAAGGACGAAAUGUCAAUAUUCCCUGGCCCCGUGCUGGGAUGGAUGACAAUGACUACAUAUACGCAUUCGAUAAGAUUGUUAUGCCUAUAGCUGAUGAGUUUGCCCCCGAUAUUGUUAUAGUAUCAGCGGGAUUUGAUGCUGCCGCAGGCGAUUCAAUUGGUGAGAAUUAUGUAACGCCAAAAGCUUUUGGACAUAUGACUCAUCGGCUCAAAACUUUAGCAAAUGGAAAGCUCGUUUUAGUACUAGAGGGUGGCUACAAUAUUGAUUCAUUGAGUCUUUGCGCUCUAGCUUGCGUUAGAGUAUUGCUCGGCGAAGCGCCAGAAAAGCUUCCCCCCAUUAAACCAAGUAAAGAUUGCAUUGAAGCAAUCCAUAACGUAAUGCAUGUACAAUCGCGAUAUUGGAAAUCAUUGGCACCUGAAAAAAUGUACAAGGAAACAUUGCUGAAAAUGACCGUUUUGUAUGCACAAAUAUCACGGAAGUCUGGUAUACACAACAUUAUUAAAUAUAAUGGAUAUAACUCAAAUAAGCUUUUGUUGUGUUUUACCCGACAUUAUGAGACUGUGGCUGCACUUCCUUUACCUGUCGUUCAAACAGAUAUUGAAACUAGCGAGAGCAUCAACCCAAGUCGAGAUAAUACCAAAGAUAUAAAAGAAGCAAAAAUUGUAGAUUCAAUAAAAAUUACGCGACCAAUAGAAGAAGAGAAGGAGAAAAUAAAGCUUGUAGCAUCGUUGCCUGAGCAAACAAUGAUUCGUGAUGAUUCUACAAGUCAAAAUCAAAAACUGGUAGAUAUUCUACGCCAACAGAUAUCAAGAGAAGAAACACCAAUCGAAAUCUGGAAAACGUACUCACAAAUGUCCGCUAAAAAUGCGUUAGAUUUAUUGACUCGUACCGACUACAUGGACAUACUCAUCACUCUAAAAACUUGUGAAGCGGGCAAUUUUGUCUUGAAUUGUCUAAACAAAAUUCGCGAUGAUCUCCGUUAUACGGGAUUAGAACUAGACAAUCAAGCGUACAAUUUAAUGCUUCAUCUUUACGGACUAUGUGGAGAAUAUAAAAGAGCGGAAACAGUGUUAACAGAGAUGACACAUAAGGGUAUUUCGGCUGAUGUGUACACUUUAACCUCGCUAAUUUCAGCUUAUGUACGUACCGACAGGACGCGUCGUGCAAUACAAAUUUUUCGAGGGAUGCAAAAGGGAUCGGUUAAACCAAAUAUUGUGACUUACAAUAAUGUACUUUUAGCAUAUGUUCGGGAAUCGGAUUUUACAGGAGCGCAUUUAUUAUUGGAAGACAUGGAUAAGCAUAAGGUAAAGCCAGACACUACUACUUACAAUACACUUAUACAUGGUUACAUAAAAAUUAAUGAUCUUGUGGGGGCCAACAAGUGUCUCAACAUGAUGGAGUCAAAAGGUCUGACACCCGAUGUUUUUACAAUAAACACUUUGAUAGCCGGAUAUUGCAAGUAUGAAAAAAUUGAGCCCGCGAUGAAACUCUAUUAUAAAAUCUUUGAUUUAAAUUUACGGCCCGACGUAGAUACAUUCAAUACUCUCAUGGCUUGUUAUGCGCGUUUAGGAAGAAAACCAGAAACUCUUGAACUCCUUGAAAGAUUAAAAUCUUUGGAUAGAAAACCAAAUCUUCGAACUUUUAAUGUACUUAUAUAUCUGUAUACUAGGAUCAACGAUUACAAAAAGGCACUAGAGACUUUGGAUCUAAUAAAAUCAUUGGGCUUUAAACCUGACGUGGUAACAUACAAUACAUUUAUUGCUGGAUAUGUUAAAAAAAAUAAACUCAAUGAGGCAAUAAAAUGGUAUGAAACAUUGAAAUCUGAGGGGCUUUUACCAAAUGUGGGAGUAUUUAAUACACUUCUUCGAGGUCAUCUUUGGGAAUACGGUAUGUUGUCGGCCGGUAAAAUAUUUGAAGAAAUGCUAAAAUAUAACGUUGAACCGGAUAGUAUCACUUAUAACACAUUAAUGCAACAUAUAAGGCUCCAGUGUAAUUCUGAUGCAUUCGGACAAGCGGUUUACCAAUAUGAGCAAAUGUUAAACAGUAGCGUACGUCCAUCUGGUCGAACUUUUGGUAUCAUGUUAACUUUAGCAACUGAGAAUGCUCUUAGCCAAAAUUAUCCCAACUAUAGAUUCACACAAACUAACGUGCGCGAUGGUGAAAUAGAUUUCAUUCUUCGCGAGAUGAAGCUCAUGGGAAUAAAGAUGGAUAUUGCGACCUUUGCUAUCAUGAUUAGGUAUUAUAUUAGGCGUGGAGACAUGGAAAGUGCCACAGAAUUAUUUCGGAAAAUGAUGGCUAAAGAAAUAUAUCCCAACAAAUUUGUUUACGCUAUUUUGAUCGAUGGAUACGUAAAACAACGGAAAAUGAAUAUGGCUGAGCAGGUUGUCGAAAAGAUGAAAAAACAAGGAAUAGCUAAAGACUUGCACAUUUACACGUCUUUGAUCAAUGGGUAUGUUGCAUUAGAGGAAUAUGGUGAAGCUGCAAGAGAAUUUGCAGAAAUGAAACAUGCAGGAGUGGAGCCCGAUAAAAUGACUUACACCUCGUUAAUAGACAUGUAUGCUAAAAACCACGAUAUCGAAACAGCUCAAAAUCUAUUCGAUUAUAUGCAAUCGAGUGGAAUUCCAAUCGAUGUUGUCGCUUUCACUGCUCUGAUAAAAGCAUAUGGCAAAAAUAGGAAAGCGGCCAGCACAAUAUACCAUGAAAUGAUUGCCUCCGGACAUGCACCAGAUCACGUUUUGAUCCAGACAAUGCUUCGUACAUAUAAAAACCCAAAGAUCUUGAAUGAGCCAUCUGUCCCGGAAUUAGAAUAUACCACCGAAUCAUAUAACAAAUUAUUGCAAGAGUUAAUUGAUCAACCAGAUACUGCAGAACUUGGAUAUGAGAUUUUCAUCGGAAUGUUAGCAAGUGACAAAAAUUCGAUGAUGCAUUCACAAUCAGCAAAUCAACCUUUCUCUGACAAAUAUUAUUGUAAUGAUAAAUCACUUCCUGCAGUUAAUGAGAACACAUUUCACAUUAUAUUUGUACAUUUAAUCAAGCUUAAUAAUUGGCCUUGGAUCUGGAAAAUAUGGGAUGUUAUAACGAAGAUGAAAUAUGAUCGAAUUCCCGAAAAUAUUUACUUGAUUAUUAUAAAGGCACUCGUAUUAAAAGGGGAUGAACUUGAAAAUGUUAUAGUUAUGUGGAAUAAGUUUCUGCAAACCAAUCCAACUGCACAUUCGUUAAAGCAGAUGAAGGCUUUCAUUGAGAGAAUGGGAAAUGAUUUUGAAGAUUAA